UCCUUACGUCUCAUCUGCUUUACGUCUGCCGCAGACUGUGAGCCGCUUUGUGUUGCCGAUAGCGUGUGCUUGCUGCUGGGUGUUCACGAGGAGAGAAGAUGAGUAAAGCGCACCCACCAGAGCUUAAAAAGUUCAUGGACAAGAAGCUGUCGUUGAAGUUAAAUGGUGGGAGACACGUCCAGGGGAUUCUUCGUGGGUUUGAUCCUUUUAUGAAUCUCGUAGUAGAUGAAUCCAUAGAGGUUGCAGGAAGUGGGCACCAAAACAGCAUUGGAAUGGUGGUUAUAAGAGGGAACAGCAUCAUUAUGCUGGAAGCAUUGGAGCGAGUUUAAACAGUAAAAUGAAA